CAGCGUUCCAGGCCACAUGGCGUUCUGGGCACAAAGUCUGUUCAAUCUGAGCGCACGUCACCUGCCAGCCGAGUUGCGGCUUGCGUUGCAAAGCCCAUAACAAGCUCAGUUUGAGCGCAGCGCGCCAUAUUGGAAGCAGAUGUCGUCGCCUAUAAGUAUCUCCAUCACCUCUCCGCUAAGAAACAGAACUUACAAAGGUAGAAUGACCACUCGCUCUUGCACCAAACGAGUCCAGCUCACUCGGAAAUUUUCCACUUGCCAUCGCAAGCUCACUAGAAAUCACCGUCAUGGCGGAAUCACUGCCAGCUCAACCUUCGUUUCCAGCACCCGAAGCAACACGGCGAGCCACCGCCCCAGAAGAUGUACAAGAGCUGCUUCACCAAGCAAAAUAUACAACUUCUCCGGUUGAAAUACCCAAGGAGACUCCCUUGAUGAUGCUUCCUGAUGGUGAGACUCAAGCCUUCCGUCAUCUCGCUCACAGUAUCGUCUCGCGAACAUUGGCCCACGAGAGCGAAUACCACCGCACAAAGCGUCCAGAGCUGGGCCAACGCGACUGGAAGCUGCUCAAGCGUCAGAACGAGAUCAGUAUCUACAAGCGCAGGGCUCCAAAGAUACCGGAGCAGGGCCGUACUGCCGCACAGUCCAAGCGACCCAUGGCUCUCUGUGUUGGAUCCAUUGCAGGAAAACUUGAAGACGCUCUCUAUGGCGUCCACGCCAAGACUCGUGAGGAGAUGCAAGUAACGUUGCCCUACUUAAGCAAGGGUCAUGUUGACUGUGCAAUGCUCGCCAAACUCGAAGGAGCCUCGACGACGGAUCCGUAUCGCCAACUCUCGCUUAAAUGGCAUCUCGCUGAUGCUUUGUCGGAGGCGAAGAUCAUGAAACUUCGCGACCUAUGCACACUCGAGUCCAUGGGGAUUAGCACCGAUGCUCAGGGUGAACGGUAUGCGUACUAUCUGCUCCAAAGUGUGGACUUUGCUGGAUGCCCACCACCUCCUGAGGACAGCGACGUCAUCCGAGCCCACAUGAUGUUCUGCUGCAUUUACCGCCAAGUGCCGGGAUCGCACAUUGUUGACGUGUACGCCAAGGGGAUGUUCGACUUGGGUGGUGACAUUCCGUCAUUCCUCGUGUACAAUUCUUCUUGCACCUUGAUGCUGUCGGUUCUCGGAGCCAUGGACAGCGCCAAAGCCAAGCGUCUCACUCUUGUGGCACUACAGAAGGCUGAUAAUUCAGUUUCUUCAUCGAUCGAUGACCUGUCCACGCUGGACUUGGAGGACUUUGAGCUGACGACAGAUUCGAGCCCGUCUGGGUAUUCCAAUUCGGCGUCCAGUCUCUCAGCGGAGGUCGCGAAUGUCAUCGCUGCGAUGCCACUCGCUUGCUUUCGAAGGGCCACAGGAAGUCCCGUUCUCGGCGACAGUCAUCUGCUGAGCCGUGUUGCGUGUGCUCCAAGAAACCAGCUAUGGCGUCCAUCGUAGGCGCUACGCACCGCACCUGUGGCGUAUGUCUCCGAGGUGUCUGCAACAAGUGCCACAUGAAGCGCCGCUUGUUUGCUCGACGUCAUCCCGUGACUGUGGCGUGCUGCAAGUCGUGUCUGCUGGAAGCCAAACAACUGAGCGUGGACCCUCAAGAGCCAUGUCCUAUGCUGCCGUAGAGCAGUUGAGAACGGAGUAUGUGCUUGCAAGUAUAAUAAACUGUCAAUGUACCGGUACA